GUCACGUACUAGAAGGCUUUCCCCCUUGUCACCAACUUGCCAGAUCGAGUGGCGUCACCAACUCUCCGGUUCUACUUAACAUUAGACUGCCACUUUCGUCCCCUGUGAAGGACACGGCACAGUUGCACCGGGUGGCAUCUGUCACGACAAACAACAAACUGUUGGCCGAGCCACGUCCGCUUGCCACCUCAACCCGGCGAGUUUCCGAGCUUUGUUCCCUCAGUAAGGCCGAUAGAUAUCUUCGCGACACCUGCCCUUCUCGUACCAUCACCUUCUUCUUCUUCUUCUUUUCUUCCCCUACUCCCUCAGUCCAUCAUCCCCGACCAGAAACCAAACAACCGCUCUGUCCUCUCACACAAGCAAACGUCUAUCAAAUCCCGCCCGUUCUUUAACCUAGCUAGCGCGAACGGAGGAAGAAAAGGAGACAUGAUGAGAGAUCUCAGCAAGGCCGUCGCCGCCGCCGUCGUCUUGGCCUCCGCCUCGGCGGCGCAGGCCCAGGACCUGAGGCAGACGAUCGUGGGCUGCGCGGACCUCGAGUGCCCGGCGGCGAACACGCAGGUGGCGACCACGGACAACUGCACGGUGGCGGACGUGGGCUCGUACCCGCUGAUCGGGCUGACGCGGGUGCCGACGAGCGCGUCGGCGCUGCAGGGCCUGUCGUGGACGCAGGGCUUCAGCAUCGCCGACGACGACGCGGGGCGGCACUUCCGCCGCGCGUACUUCCUCGGCGAGCCGCCCGAGCUCGACGUCGCCGGCAGCACCGACACGGGCGGCUGCGCCAUCCUGGUGCACGGCCUCUCCGAGGGGCUCGCCUUCGGCCCCGACGGCCCCAGCGAGGCCGGCCAGGGCACCUGCGCCGACGCCCUCGGCGCCGAGUGCGUCUCCGCCAUCCUCGACCGCGCCCGCGCCGUCGCCGCCGGCUUCACCGGCGACGGCCGCCCUGCCGACACCUUCACCGGCUGCGCCCGCAUCCGCCGCGACCUCGCCAACAACACGAUCGACGCCUGCCUUCCCGCCGUCCGGGGCCUGUUGACCGACAUGGACGCCGUCGCUCUGACCGGCUCGGACGCGGAGCAGCGCAUCUCGCCGGAGAAGCAGUCGGCCUCGAGCUGCUGGCCCAUCACCCCGAAGGAGGACCGGCUCACGCUAGUCGCCGAGUUCGAGAGAGUGGGCACCAACCAAGUCCAGGACACCCAGAGCGCCGCCUGGGCCAUCACGCCCAUCCUGACCGUCUUCUACCCGACGGGCGCCCAGAGCCUGGUGACGGAGAUCGACGCGUCGCUGAGCUGCGUCAAGAUCGUCGGCCCGUCGCGCGCCUCGCUGCCCACCAUGAGCAGCGGCGAGCCCGAGAGCGGCGCCGCCGGGCUCUCGGCGCCGGAGUCGUGGGGCCUCGGCGCCUUCGCGGCCGCGGCUCUCGCCCUGUACGCCCUGUGA